AUGCCGAGCUAUAAGCUGACCUACUUCGACAUCCGCGGACUCGCCGAGAACGCACGCAUCUUCUUUGCAGUGGCGAAGCAGCCCUACGAGGAUGUUCGCCUCACUCUUGCAUUUGGAACGCCGGGUGACUUCAGCACCAUCAAGCGACCGGAGUUUGACGAGAUGAAGGCAAAGGGUGAGCUCGACACCUCUCUCGGAAAGGUUCCGCUUUUGGAAGUGGAUGGUGCGAAGAUCGGCCAGUCGAAGGCCAUCGAGCGCUUCCUCUCCCGGGAGCUGGGCUUGGCCGGAUCCAGCCCCAUCGAGGCAGCGCAGGUCGACCAGCUCGGCGAAACAGUUCGCGACAUCAAGGAUGCCUAUCAGAAGGUUCGGGGGCUGAAAGACGAGGAAGAGAAGAAGAAGGGCAUGGAGAAGUGGUUCGCAGAAGACCUUCCAGGCUGGUGCAAGCUGACGGAGAAGUCCCUCCCUGCCGGGCCUGGACCGUUCAUGGUUGGCGGCAAAGUCUCUGCUGCGGACUUGCUCUUCUACACCCUCCUCCUGGCACCCGGAGGCUUCUUCGACAACACCGAGGGUGCCAAGGCUGCUUUCCAGGACGCGCUUUGA